GAAGCCCUGUAAGGGUAUAUGCAAUGGCUUCUUGCUUCUUCUCUCCCUUCUCCUUUUAUUACUCCUUUCUUCUCUUGUCCGUGUUUGCCUUGUUCUGUUUCGAUACCAGCGAACCACACCCCGUCGUCGACCCGCAUUGGCACCCGGCGACCGCGACCUGGUACGGCAGCCCCAACGGCGACGGCAGCGACGGUGGGGCGUGCGGGUACGGGUCGCUGGUGGACGUGCGGCCGCUGCGGGCGCGGGUGGGGGCGGUGAGCCCCGUGUUGUUCAAGGGCGGGGAGGGGUGCGGCGCCUGCUACAAGGUGCGCUGCCUGGACCCGGUCGUCUGCGCCCGCCGUCCCGUCACCGUCAUCGUCACCGAUGAGUGCCCCGGCGGGUACUGCGCCUUCGGCCGCACCCACUUCGACCUCAGCGGCGCCGCGUUCGGCCGCAUGGCCGUCCCCGGCAAGGCCAGCCGGCUACGUGAUCGUGGCGAGAUGCCCGUCGUGUUCCGCAGGACUCCAUGCAAAUACCCAGGUAAGAGUAUCGCUUUUCAUGUAAAUGAAGGUUCCACAAACUUUUGGCUGUCACUUCUUGUGGAGUUUGAGGACGAUGAUGGAGACAUCGGAUCCAUGCAUAUAAAACAAGCAAAUUCUGUAGAGUGGCUAGAGAUGAAGCACAUAUGGGGAGCAAAUUGGUGUAUCAUUGGGGGGCCUCUGCACGGUCCCUUCUCAGUAAAGCUUGCUACGUUAACCACCCGGAAGACCUUCUCAGCUCGGGAUGUGAUUCCCAGGAACUGGUCUCCCAAAGCCACCUACACCUCUCGGCUCAACUUACGUUAGGAGAAGUAGUUCUUGUAAUGCAAAAGCGACUCGUGUUUGGAGUCCUCUCUCCGAAGGGGAGAGCAGGCGCCUAGUUCGAUGAGGAUUCCAUGACGAGUCCUCUUCUGUAAUGGUCUGUCGAAUCGAACUCUCUCAAUCCGACUCUGAGGAGACAUUCGACUUCGCUUGUUAGCGUUCUGAAUGUAAUACACAAAACUCAUCAUCUUUUUGGUGAGACAAAAAAGGUUUAUGGAAACCAAUCAUUUCCAAACA